UAUUUAGGUAUUAGAUAUGCUACGUUAACAUGUCCCGUAUGCCUCAUUAUCAUUGUUCUGAAGCGACGACGUCGUUUCGAGGAUUGAUCUGUGCGUCUGCAUAAACCAACGGUUGGGAUUAUCUCUACCAGUCCUCGAAUUCUGUUCUGUAAAACCCUCCCUGAAACUGUAGCUGACCCUAAACCCCCAAAAAGCUUUUCCCAUCAAUGGAGUUGGCUUCUACGACUCUCCAGGCACGUUCCUCUUUCCAAGUUAUAGCCCCUUCUCUCUCUUUCAUUAGAAAUUCAAGACGAAAUCUUUGUUUCACUCGUAAAGUCGAAGGUCGUCGCUUGCUGGUUAAUCCAAUCAGACUGCAGCACUCAUCUGUUGCAUCUAUUGUUGGUGAUACAACUGCAGUACCAAGCCGCAGUACUGGAGAACCUUUGUCAUUUUCCAGUUCAUCUGAUCCGGCAGUUGAUAAAGAUGUCAUAGGAUAUGGUGAAAAGAGAGAUGGGAAAGAUGAUCCCGAGUGCUUGGACAAUCAUAAAAUGAUUCGUGUUUGUGAUAAGCUAAUUGAGGUUUUCAUGGUAGACAAGCCCACUCCAACUGAUUGGAGAAGGUUGUUAGCUUUCAGCAAGGAAUGGAGUAAUAUCCGUCCUCAUUUCUACAGGCGCUGUCAGGACCGAGCAGAUAGUGAAGGGGAUCCUGGGAAGAAACACAGUCUACUCCGUCUUGGCAGGAAGCUAAAAGAGAUUGAUGAAGAUGUGAAAAGACAUAAUGAGCUUUUGGAAGUGAUAAAGGGAACGCCACCAGCUGAUAUCAGUGCAGUUGUUGCCAAGCGUCGGAAGGACUUCACAAAAGAAUUCUUUGUGCAUCUUCACACAGUAGCAGAAUCAUAUCAUGACAAUCCAACUGAGCAAAAUGCGUUAGCGAAGCUGGGCAACAUGUGUUUGGCUGCUGUACAGACCUAUGAUACAGCAUCUGAAAGUAUUGAAGCACUGAAUGCUGCAGAGUUGAAGUUCCAAGAUAUUCUCAAUUCUCCUUCUCUAGAUGUUGCUUGCAGGAAAAUAGACAGUUUGGCUGAGAAAAAUCAACUUGAUUCAGCAUUGGUGCUGAUGAUCACAAAAGCUUGGUCAGCUGCUAAGGAGUCGAACAUGACGAAAGAUGAGGUAAAAGAUGUAUUGUUUCAUUUGUACACAACUGCGAGAGGUAACCUUCAGAGGCUAAUGCCAAAAGAGAUUAGAAUACUUAAGUAUCUUCUCACAAUUGAGGAUCCGGAGGAGAAAAUGUCUGCCUUGAAAGAUGCAUUUACCCCAGGAGACGAAAUUGAAGGAAAGGACGUAGACUGCCUGUACACGACCCCAGAGAAGCUGCACACCUGGAUGCAGACCGUGGUGGAUGCAUUUCAUUUCAGCAGAGAAGGCACUCUCAUAAGGGAAGCUAGGGACUUGAUGAACCCAAAAAUCAUCCAGAAACUGGAGGAACUGAAGAAGCUAGUCCAAGACAACUUCAUGUGACAACUGAAGUUACACUUCUCAGAAGCCUUCCCUGAAUUCCAUGGUCUGGGAGCCCUUGACCUUUGGAUGGGAUGCUUGAAGUCCAUGGACAGCUGCCCCACAACAGCAUUUUUUCAGCCCUCUAAUUUUAUACCUUGAGACUUUAAACACCAAUGAGAAAUAGGUAUAUUUAUCUUCACUUGUAAAGCGCAGCACACUAGGCGACACGGAUCAGAGAUGGUCUAGCUACUUGAAGUGAUAUUUUAACAUGGCACAGGCCUCUGCUCUGUUUUGUGGAUCAUAACAUUUUCUUCCUUGAUGGGAAAUAGAAUCUGAUGUAAUCGUCUAGGAAUAUUGAAUGAUGUGGUGUAAGCCCCUGUUCUGCUUAUGGUAUGAUUACCAUCAUUUUAAAUGAAA